CAGAAGUGGCUGAGCUUUCAGUCUAACUUGUGAUUUGAAGGCAUCAAGAUGCGUCUAGCAAUCGUGGUAUUUACGGUGAUCGCCGUUUUUUUGGUUUCAGAAACCGAGUCAGCCGUUUCCACGGGAGUUUUCAAGGAUCCAGCCCAUCCUGGAAAAUGUGUCGUUGACGGCUUUGUUCUUGAAGAAGGUCAGACUGCACGCCAUCCAAAGAGAUGUGAGCGAAUUGUGUGCCAAGCCAAUAGUGAAGCACAGCUUCAAUCAUGUGGUGUCUAUGGACUCCCCCCCGGAAAGAAAUUCGGAAAAUUCACAGCACCAAACGCUGAUUAUCCCGCCUGCUGUGAUCGUGAGAUUAUUAAUGAAUAAUACCAGUUCUGUAAUACACAUGUUUUAACACAAAAUAAUUAAAAGCCGGAAUAUCGUAAUAAAAUAAAGAUACAAAUUUAUAUU